AUGUCCAACAGCAGCUCCAUCACACAGUUCCUCCUCCUGGCAUUUGCACACACGUGGGAGCUGCAGCUCUUGCUCUUCUGUUUCUUCCUGGCCAUCUCCCUGACUGCCCUCCUGGGAAACGGCCUCAUCAUCACUGCCAUAGCCUGCGACCACCACCUCCACACACCCAUGUACUUCUUCUUAAGUCUUUCUGGUUUUGGCCUUGGCUUCAUUUCAACCACUCUCCCCAAAUCUAUGACCAACUCUCUAUGGGACACCAGGUCCAUUUCCUACUCUGGAUUAGCUGCACAGGUUUUUAUCUAUUCAUUCUUCAUGUCAUCAGAAUUUUUUCUUCUCACAUUCAUGUCCUAUGGCUGUUACAUUGUCAUUUGCAAACCUCUGCACCAUGGGACCAUCAUGGGCAGCAGAGCUUGUGUCAAAAUUGCAGCAUCUGCCUGGGUGAAUGGUUUUAUCACUGCAGUGCGGCACACUGCCAAUACAUUUUCUAUAUCUUUCUGCCAAGGCAAUGUCUUGGAGCAGUUCUGUGAAAUCCCCCAGAUCCUCAAG